CAGUAAGAGAAAGAUCAUGUUUUGAUUGACUGCACAACGGCUCUAAAUAGUGUAUUUUAAUUUCGGAGAUGUUGCCAUUUAACUCUUUGCGGAUUGUGUGCUUAUCCCGGGCUUUAGUGCACCCAAAUUGGCCGAUGUCGAACAGACAGUCUGUUUAUAAAACGGUUACAUGUUCAGCACAUUUUAUGUCUAUUAGCUUUCUCAAGGACAUAUGGAACAGCAACAUGCACCUCAAAUCACUGGGAAAGGAAAGAAAGAUAAUUUACUACAGUAACCCAGUCAGUUCACACAGGAAUUACUGUACAGGUCAAGUCCAACUGAAUUGCUGGAACUGCAGACAGCCACUUGACACAACACCUGCAUUCUUCUGCAUGUCAUGCAAAGUAGUCCAGCCCCCAGAAGAAGGGACAUCCUAUUUUAAAAUAAUGAAUUGUGACUACACAUUCACACUGGACAUACACAAACUGCAGAAAAGAUACUUGCAGCUCCAGCGGUCUCUACAUCCAGACAACUUCAGCCAAAAAUCUGAGAAAGAACAGGAGUAUUCUGAAAGCCACUCUGCUCUUGUGAACAAAGCCUACCAGACUCUGCUUAAGCCUUUGAGUCGUGGUCUUUAUAUGCUGGAGCUGGAGGGGAUGCAUAUAGAAGAGGGCACCGACUCCGGGGCUGAUUUGGAGUUUCUAAUGGAGCUGAUGGAGAUCAACGAAGCCCUUGAUAAAGCUAGGACUCCAGAGGAAGCCAAUAAGAUAGGCCAAGACACAAAAAGGAAACUGGCAGUCUUGACAGAGGAGAUAGAUGCUGCCCUUCUUAAAGGAGAGCUUCAAGCCGCCAAGGCCCUGCUUUCCCAAAUGAAAUACCAUGCAAACAUUGAAGAGAAAGUGAAGGAAAAACUUUCUGAAUUCAUGUAAUUUCCCCCCUGUUUAGUAUCACUUUAUUAUAUAUUUUUUUAGCUACUUAAAAAACGUUUUGUAGAUAAGCACACACAUUGUACAUUUGUUUUGGGAUUAUGUAAAUCUAUUGUUCAAGUUGAAUAAUAAAACUACUUUUAAUGCAUAAUACACAUCUGAAUUAAUCGUGAAUUGUACUCUACUCUUGUACGCUAUAUUUUUUUAUUUAAAACAGUACAGAUAUGAGGAUGUAAUUGGAUGCAUACAGUAUUCCACUAAUUUCACAAGCCUAAUCAUAUCCACUUGUACCUAAUGUAUCAUUAAAUGUGACAGAGAUUUAUAAUUGUCUCUGAUUAAAUG